CCGGAAGUUCUUUCCCCGUCUCUCUCGGGCAUGGAUCUUGGGCUGCUGCUACUCGUGCCUCCACUUUUUAAUUCUCAUUUUUUUGCGGGGUGGUGUCUGUGAUCGAGGUGUGUGUAGUGAUGUACAGUAGCUACCAAUACCACGAGCAGCUGGAGGAUGAUCUCUACAGAGAGGAGGAGGAUGACUCUGAGGGGUCAGAGGCUGACAGUGAACUUGAAUUUCACCUAUACAGCCAACUUCACUAUUCCUCCAAUGCUGGAGAGGUCAGUGAGCUGGAAGAUGAAAGGAAAGAAAGGGAUGAGGUCAGCACCCAAGGUGACCAUAACUUAACGGAUUCAGAUAAACUGAGACAACUAUCAGAAAACGAGUCUACAGCCGAGAAAAAAGAAAAAGUACAAGAAGACAAGGAGAAGAAAAGGACCAAACAUGCGAAGAAUGAAAAACGUAAAGGUCAGAGGGCAUCUACAGUGUUUGAAGAAGUGAUAGUGAUUGACUCCAGCCCAGAUGUCAUCACACUCUCUGAAGAUGACAGUAGUGAUGAGACAGAAGGAGUUUGUGCCUUGAAGGGUCGAGGGUUACCUAAGCUUUGUACCUCCACACCUGCACAGCAGGUAAAAAGAGCAGCAGUUCCUAUAAAUGUCAGCAGCUCAGAGUCUGAGUCUGAUUCUGAGUCUGAGUCCCAGGCCCAGUCCCCAUCUGUGUUGGGCUCAAGCAGCUCUUCGGACUCUGAUGACCUGGAGAACUGGAUGAUUCUAGGCUGUGGCCAGCAGGAGGGGGACCAGUCUAUCUCACUCAACUUGGAUGGAGUGGCAGAGAGCGAGACAGAUAUUGAAGAACUGGAUAGCAGGUGGCUGAUUUCUGACAAAGACCGAAAGGCCCAGAUCUCCAAUAAAGCCAAGGGCGUUAGGACCAUUGUGCCGAGGGUGACAAGUCGAUAUUAUACAGACAAAAACGUCCACUGUAAAAACUGUAAUAGAACCGGACAUUUGUCAAAGAACUGUCCAGAACCAAAAAAAGUCUCACCCUGCAUCCUUUGUGGCACGGUGGGCCAUAUUCAGAGUGGAUGUCCCUACAAACACUGUAACAACUGUGGACUUCCUGGGCAUCUGUACAGCUCCUGCUGUGAGAGGUCUUACUGGCACAAGCAUUGUCACCGCUGCGAAAUGACUGGACACUUCCAUGAUGACUGUCCAGAAGUCUGGAGACAGUAUCAUAUAACGAUUAAGGGGGGGCCUCCUGUAAUACACCAGGGAAACCAUCAGGGCCGAACUCCUGCUUACUGCUACAACUGUGCCAAGAAGGGGCAUUUUGGACAUGAGUGUCACAGGCAGAGGAUGUUUAAUGGGACCUAUCCUAGCACACCUUUUAUAAAUCACUACGACACCACAAAAGACAUAAAUGUCAGACAAAGCCGCAUAGAAAAGAAGGUCAAAGAUCUGAAGAACUCUGGCCUCUUUCCUUAUGUUCCUCAAUCACCUUCAACCCCAGGACCUCCAAGGAAGAAACAAAAGACCACCUUUGAAAAAAACAAUUACCAUCAUAAGAAAACGCCACGCCAAAGCUAUAAAACGGACCUGCCUGCUUCCAGCCAUAUCUUUUUCAGUGACACUUCCGACUCAAUAUCUAAACCAAGCAAGCAGCAAAAGCACAAACCAGUCUCUCAGGAAAAGCUAUGGAAACCCAAGAGACCAGUCCCCCAGUCUAGAGGCUCUGUGGAAAAAAUAGUUUUAGAUGAAGCAGAUGAGUUUCCAAGAGGUGGAGGGCAAGGCGAGGAAAUGGAGAGACGAAAAAAGAGCAAAAAGUUCAAGAAAAAUGGCCAGUCACUUUGCUGGACUGGUGCGAGCAAACAGGCCAAAAACAACAAUGUAAAUCCGAGCAAAAGGAAAAAAAAGAAGAAUGCAAACAAAAAUAUGUCAGACAAAAUGUACCCAACUGAUGAAAACCUAUUUAUUAUUAAGCAAAGGAAACACAAAAGAAAAGAUUAAACUGUUUUUUUUUUUGUUUUUUUGCUGCUUUUAAAGGUGCACUAUGUAACCUUUUAGCACCUGCUUGUUUCUAUGGAUAUGUCAUUGCUCGGCCUGGAACGCUCCACAGUAUGACAAACUGCUCUACUUUAUAUUUAUUCAAUUACAGGUGGUUUUAUAACUCAAAAAAUGCUUAGAAAAGCAGGCAUUCUGACUGAGCAAGGUUGCCUUUCCACAAAUCUGACAUGUAACUUGGUUUGGGCACCAUAAAGAUAGGAAAGUUUAAUGCCCUACAGUGACAUAUUCCAGACAAAGCCAUAACAUCCAUAAAGAAACGCAUUUGACGGACCCUCCUCCUGAAAAGUACCACAAUGCACCUUUACCUCUAAUCCAGAGAAUUCAGAUUUUAUUCCUCACAUUCUUAAAUACUGUCUAAUAAUCAUUUAAACAGUUCUGCUAAUAAAACUAACCUACUCCAAUGUCCAGUAAAGGGACCUGGGCUAUUGUCUGUAUUUCAGUUAUCCAUCCAGCUGGUUCGUGAUGUUUUCACCAUUGCUGCUUGGAUCAUUGGGAAAACUUAAAUUAUUUAGAAUUGAAAAUUAGUUCUCUGACAUACAUCAACGGCUACAUUCAGACUGCAGCCUGAAGUGACCCAAAUCCGAUUUUUUGGCUUCUAUGUGACCUGUCUCCAAUCUUUUAAUGACAGUCUGAACGGCACAGAUCAGAUUUUUUCAAAUGCGACCCAGGCCACUUGGAUAUGUGGUCCUGAAACCGAUACAUAUCCGAUCUUUUGACAUGCGACUUCAGUCUGAACGGCCAAAGCGCAUCCAUCCGACCUACACGUUAUCAACAAGCGACAAACGUCACUAUUCUGCGCUGAAGCAGGCGGAAACCGGAACUGUAAAAUCCCCAGGUGCUCAAUGCUCGCGUCCAUGUUUGGACAACUUCCGUAAACACAGAGCACGCUCGCUGCGGUUGACGCAUGGGGUUGACGUCAUCGUGUCCUCCAGUAAGCAUGCGGGACACUUUCGGGCUGUUUACCGUUCACACUGGAGUCACAGACAAGUCACAUUUAAUUGGAAAUGUGAACGACCUCGCAAAAACAUCAGAUUUCACAAAAAAAUCGCAAUUGAGCUUUAAGCCCUGCAGUCUGAACGUAGCCAACUUGUCUGUAUUAACUGACCCAGAAUAAAAUGUUUUUUUUCCA